UGCCCGCAAGUUAGGCGUCGGUCCAAUUAAAAUCGAACCAAUAUUAAACCGGAUUUUGUUUAUAUCAUAAGUCAACCCGGUUUUAAAAUCGAGCGAUCAACAGAUUAGAGAUCCGAUGAGGAAAGGAGGCAAGGAAGAAGACGAAGUUGAACAAUUGCUUCAAGCUGCUCAAGAUGAGAUGAUACUCAAGCUCUCUGUUGAUUCUCACACAUCUCGAUCCUCUUCCGAUUACUUAGAUCCAGAUCUCCACUCUAGGUUUCUCGCUCUCAAAUCUCAAAAGAAGAAGGAUCAGCAGCGACAACAACAUAAACGACGGCCGAGAUCUCCGACGAAAUUAAAGGAUUUGGUUGAAGAAACACCAGACGAUCUAAUGCUCCGAUUCACGGCUCUAAAGACUUCUCUCCCCUCCGCGUCUUCUUCGUCCUCUGUUCUUCUUCAGGAUGAAAUCGGAGAUGAUGGUGAUGAAAUCGGAGAAGAUGCUGAAGUGGAGAAGCUGAUUCAAUGGGCUAUAGACGCCGCCCGUCUUGAUCCUUCUCCGCCUUCAGACGAUGAUCAAAGCCAGAGUUCCGAUAGCGAUGAUGAGAAUGAUUCAACUAGAGUUGUUAAACCUUAAUUUUAACAAUUUGGCUCUUCAUGUAAGGUAUAUAUACAUCCUUUUAGUUACAGUUGAGCUUUUUAAAGAUUGUCACAUGAAUGAGUUAAAGUCUGGGAAAUUGUUAAUUUUU